CGAGCUCGGAAGAUCUCACGAAGUGCGGUUAAGCGUCUUGCGCAGAAGAGUCCUGAAGAUGGGCGAGGGACAGUCGAAAUCUCUCAAUGGUACGACACACAAACAACGCAGACCCACUCUUCCCCUGCUGACCGCCUCCUUGUGCGGGUGUGUCUGUCUGUGUGUCUGUCUGUGUAUCUGUCUGUGUGUCUGUGUGUGUGUGUGUGUGUGUGUGUGUCUUGUGUGUGCAGAGCAGCUGCGGAGCAACAAGCGUCAGAUCAACCGGUCCAUCCGGGAGCUGGACCGGGAGAGGAUGCAGCUCGAGAACGGCGAGAAGAAGCUCAUCGGCGACAUCAAGACCAUGGCCAACAAGGGACAAAUGGUAGGUAGGACAACCAACAGAAGCCCUGCUUCACUAGAGCUGUGUGCGGUCGUUGCAUCUCCGUGUGUUGGUGACGUUGGUUGACUGACUGACUGUGCGUUGUCUGCAGAGUUCGGUGAAGAUCAUGGCUCGUGAUUUGGUCCGCACCCGCAAGUACAAGGCAAAGUUUUACGAGAUGCGGUCGCAGCUGCAGGCCGUCAACCUGCGGCUGCAGACCGUCAAGUCCACACAGGCCAUGACCGAGUCCAUGAAGGGCGUCACCAAGGUCUGCCUGCCUCUGGCAUCCCACACAGACACACAGACAGACAGACAGACAGACAGACAGGUGGAGCGCUAGACGGCACGUCGUGUGUGUGUGUGUGGUGUGGUUGGUUGGGUCGAUCAGGUGAUGGUGCGGAUGAACAAGCAGAUGAACCUGCCGUGUGAGCGUCAGAUACAUGCCACGGCACACACACACAGAAAGGGAGGGAGGGAGGGAGGUAUGUCUGCUUAUCUAUCUGUGUGUGAUUGGUGUGUCAACUGGUGCACUCAGCGCUGAACAAGAUCAUGCAGGAGUUCAUGAAGGAGAACGAGAAGAUGGGACUCACCGUACGCUACGCUGGGACCCACAGCACACACGCACACCCCUUCCCUUCCCUUCCUGCGUGUCUGUAUUCCUGCCCUGCGCGUGUGUGUGCAGGAGGAGAUGAUGUCCGACGCCGUCGACGACGCCAUGGCCGACACGGUCAGUCAGUCGAGAGGCAGGCAGGCACCUGGCAGUGGUUCGGUGCAGAUGUGUGUGUGUGGUCUGUCUGUCUGUCUGUGUGUGUGUGUGUGUGUGGUGUAGACUGACGAGGAGGAGGAGGAGCGCAUCGUGGCUCAGGUCCUCGACGAAAUCGGAGUCGACCUUUCCGGACAGGUGAGUUAGUUGAGUGGCUGGGCUGGGCGGGCGGGCAAGAGAGACCGGGCGACGGCACACCAGGUACGCCACUCCUUUGUGUUCCUCUUUCAGUUGGCCGCUGCUCCGUCGGGUCAGCUUGCGGCGGCCCAACCGAUGGCCGUCGACGCACAAGCCAGUAAGAUCAAUCAAGAAGCAGACACACAGAGAUGAGAUGCUCACACACGACUGACUGACUGAGUGAGUGUCGGGUGUUUUAAUGCCUGGCACUCACUGUGCGGGGUGUGUGUGUGUGUGUGUGCGGUGUGUGUGUGUGUGUGCGUCAGGUGCCCAGCCGAUGGCUGUGGGUGAGAUGGAGAAGUCCCUCGAGGACCGACUCAACAACCUCAAGAAAUGACUGACAACGGAGUGCGUGGCGAGCGACCAGAGGAGCGUCCAGUGGACUCGCGUAGGCCGACUGCAUGCCAUGCGGGUUAGGAUGUUUUCACGUUUGUGUCAAGUCAAGCCACGUGUGCUGAGAGAGAAGGCAGGUCAGUCAGUCAGUCAGUCAGGAGUGUGUGUGAGGGGCCGGUCCUGUGGUGGUUGUUUGGAUCGUCUUGCUUUUUCAAGUCGAAAGCGGGAGAGGCAAAGGGAGAUGAGACGGUGAGAGAUCGUGUAUGCGGCUGCUGACGGUGUGAUGAUUGAAUGCUGCCAGCGAUACUGACUGACUUGUUAAUGCAAUUGUUUAUGCGCAAUGCAAUACGGCAACAAAAUGAUGUCCGUCGAAUGAAUAAAGCUAUCUGUCU